AUGAUGCGGUGCGGUGCAUACGCUAGUAGGGGGGCACAUAGCUACAGCGACCACAACACUCGGAGCCAAAAGCAAUUCAGCCCGUCUGCGAAUGAAGCGGCGAAGGCGAGACUCCAACGAGGAAGGAGAAGCUGCAGCGCUCAGCCGCGUCGAAAUCAGCUCGUCAACGUCAGUGACGCGUCAGCAAACGAGCACGGCGCGUCAGCAAACGAGCACGGCGCGCCAACAUGCGAGCGCGACGCGUCACCGUGCGACCACGAGGCGUGGCGACCACAAGCGGCACGCAAUCAGGCCGUCCGCCGUCGCUCGCCGUGCUGCCACUCCCCCGCGCGCUCGCCCAAGACCCGCCGGGCCCAGCAGGCCCAGCUGCAGGCGGGGCAGCGAGGUCGCGACGACAACUGCGCUGGCGCAGCGGCAGCACGCACGGACAUCGCGGCGGGUGGCGAGAAGCCCAUGGGCAGCAGCGGCGACUGCGGUCGCGACGCGGAGGCCGCGCGGCAGGCGGACGGGCAGGCGACGCACCCUGAUGCAGCACGUCGCGGCGCGUGCGCGUGUCGCUUCUGCAGCUGGCGGUUCGACUCGGACGACGAGUCGGACUGCGAGCGCCCCUGCUCCGCGCAGGACUCGCCGCGCUUCCGCCCACAACCCGUGCAGUGCGGGUGGCAGGAGGCUGCGGAAACAGGCGUGCGGGGAGCGGCGCUGGGGGGAGCAGAGCUGGGGAGAAUGGCGCUGGGGGGGAAGAAGUGUGAGAGUGGCGGAGGGAGGGUGGAGGGCGAAGGGGCAGGUGGGGGAUGUGGGGACGAAGAGGGACUAUGGAUGGGUGGAAGGGGAAUUUACCCCGCGGGCCGAUUCGUGGGGAGCGAUGGGGAGUGUGUGGUGCUGGCAGGUUGGGAUGGGUGCUGCGUGUUGCUGGACUCGAGCACUCUGCAGCAGCGAGCAUCGUUCCGGCCACCACCAGGGGUGCAGCUGGGAGAGCCGGCAGCGUGUCACGUGGUGGCGGUGCCGUCCCACGAUGGGCUCACAGCGCGCCUACUGCUCGCCACGUCGCGCUUGCACGCCGCCUUCUGCUGCUGGGACCUCCUCUCCUCCCGCCUCGUCUCCUGCUUCCCCCCUCCCAACCCCACUGCCUCGCCCUCGCCCUCACUUGCGCCCUCCCCUGCGCCCUCGCCUGCGCUCUCACCUGUGCGCUCACCGGAGUCCUCGCCCGCGAAUAGUCACGUUCCCAGUGGCACACGCACUCGCACGGGUGCCGCUGCUGCACUGGGCGAUGGUGCUGCUGCCGCCCCUGCCACUUCCAUCCACAUGCGUGGUGAACCCUCGGCACCAUUCCCACCAGCAGCAGCAUCACCACCAGCACCCACUGCUACAGCGGCAAACUGCCCUCCACUGUCCUCUCCCUGCCCCUCCUCCCACCCCUCGCCUGUAUGCCACAUGCCAUUCGCCUGCUGCCCCUCGUCCUCCCCCCGUCAGCCACCGCCGCACCACUCGACCUGCCGCAGCCACUCGCCACCCCAUGCCACUUCACCACUGCCCCACGCACCCCUCCCCACUGUCCCCCCCGUCCUUCCUGCCUCCCCUGCCCCCGCCGCUUCCCCUACUGCUGCUGCGCCUAAGCCAGCAGGCGCACAAGAAACGGCCACAGGAACCGCAACAGCACAAGGGGAAGUGCGCGCACCGCAAGCAAGGCCCUCGGCCAUGCCGUCACCACCCUCCCCUGCCCCGUUUCACCAUGGCAGCGCGCUAGCAGCGUUGCCUCAUACAGAUGUAGCAGGACAUGGGUGUGGCAGGCUGGCGUCAGGCCAUGGCGCACUGCAGGUGGCAGGCUGCAGGUUCAGAGGCAGUGCAGUGGAGCAGGCCAGCACGGAGUGUGCAAGUGCAGGCGAGCAUGCGGAGAGGAGGUGCGUAGCAGAGGAGCGCAGUCUUGAGUUGCACUCAAGAGCGGCACACCAGUGCUGCCCACUGCAACCUGCACCCAUCCACGGGCGCCUCACACAACAGCACACCGCUGCUGCACCCAGUGGCAAAGCGGGCGGCAGCGACGUGCGCAUCUGGGACGUGCGGGACGGGGGGGUGGCGGUGAGCAUGCAGACGGAGGGUGCGGUGGAGCGCAUGGCGUGCUGUGCGCCGCUGCUCUGGCUGGACGAGGAGCGCCUCGUCGUGGUGGAGGAGGGCGGCAGCGUGGGGCUGUGGCACGUGGCGGGCGGCGAGGCAGUGCUGUUCCACCACGUGCAGCUGCUGGACCCGUGGGGCGAGGCUGAGCGCGUCUGUGCCGUUGCUGUCAUGCCGGGGCGGCGCUGCAACAAACGCCUCUUCCCCUCGCUGUCAGUGCUUCCCCUCACUGCUGCAUCCAUCGCUGCUGCUCCACAUCCCGUUCUCGUUUUUCUCAUUGCCUUCCCUCCCUGCUGCCAUGCUCUCCUAUCAGCUUGCCUGUCUCACGGUGUGACUGUGACAUGGCUGCACGGCAUGGCAGGAGGGGCGAGGGGGUGA